CCCGCGCUGAGCCAGGAGCCCGGGGGAGCCUAAGUUCAAAACGCCAUGCGGCCCCCUCUCCUCCUCCUCCUCCUCCUCCUUGCUCCGGUGUGUGGAGGGGCCCGGGACUUGCUGCGGGUGGAGGUUGAAGAGGGGGCGGAUGCAGUGUUGCCCUGCCUUAUUGGCCCCCGGGAUGACCCGCGUGAGCAGCUGACCUGGUCCUGGGGGGGCAAGAGGAUCCCUUUGCGUUGGCUGAACUCAGGAGGCCCAGGCCUGGGGGCCCGGGUCGGACCUCUGGGCAUCUCCCUGAUCAUACUGAAUGUCUCAGACAACACUGGAGGUUUCUACUUAUGUGAGAAGAACCUAGAGCCAGAGAAUCAGACGGAGCCGGGGAACAGAACGACGCUGGGGGCCGCAGUCAGCGUGGAGGGCAGCGAUAAGCGGUUCCUGUGGAAUCCCCCAAAGGAAGGAGUAGGGGAUUGUGGUCCCAGGAAAGGCGUCUCCCCUAAGCCCCUUCCUUAUGGGGACUUCCCCAACACGUCCGAAUCGUCCGGGCCCUCUGGCCUCCCUCCCCCAAAUGACUCUAAUCCCCUCUUGCUGUAUGUGUGGAAUAGGGAUGGCCCUCAGCUCUGGGGAAAGCUUCCUCCCUGUGUGGACACCGAAAGCAGCCACAACCAAACGGGAGAUCCUUUGGAACUGACUUCUUCCCCUGGCUCUCCCCUCUGGCUCCCCUGCGGCUCACCCCUGGCUUCCCCAUUCCAGGGCCUCGUGACCUGGGUCCUUUUCCAUCCCGGGUCACUGUCCCCAACCCCACUGCUAAGCCUGGAGCUGGGGAAGGGAGCCCUGGUCCGGGAACUCUGGGUCUUGGGCACUCCGAGGGGAGGGUCCCUCCUGUUGCUGCCUCAUGCCACUCCCCAGGAUGCUGGGGUCUACCACUGUCACCUUGGCAACUUGACCUAUGACCUUCAGCUGACCAUCGUCUCCCGGCCAGUGUGGCGUUGGAUGCUUGGGGCCAAGGGCUGGAAGGUCCCAGCCAUCGCUUUGGCCUACGUCACCAUCUCUCUGGCAGUGGUGGUCAUUUUCCUCCAGGUGAAGAGAGCCCUGCUUACCCGGCGGAAAAGGAAAAGGAUGACUGAUCUCACCAGGAGGUUCUUCAAGGUUACCGGAGCCACAACUCAGAAUCAAUAUGGAAAUGUGGUGACCCUCCCGGGGAACGGCCGGGCCCUCCGAAGGAAGGCAGCCCCAGGGACCGCUCAGGUGGCAGCUACUUCCUACAGAAACCUGCUUCACGGUGGUCAAGAAGACCAGGAACUGCAAUUCUCUCCCAUCGGCCUCGGGAUGACCCCAGAAGCGGAUGGUGUGGUGGAGGAGGAGGAGGAGGAGGAGGGUUAUGAAGAGCCGGAUAGCAAUGAGGAUUCUGAGGCCUAUGAGAAUGGGGACUCCUUUUCAGAGCAGGACCAGCUCUCCCAAGAUGGAUUUUGCUAUGAGAAUGCUGAGGGAACGUCUCAGGGGCCUGAGAAUGAAGAUGAUGAUGAAGAUUCCUUCUCCGAUGGUGACUCUUACGAGAAUGAGGAUGAGGAGCUGCCCCUGCCUGAGGCCCCAGUGACAGGCUUCCUGAGCCCUGGAGGCCCUUCCUGGGAGCAGAGCUGUACGGCCUUGUCCGUGGGGUCUCAGUCGUAUGAGGAUAUGAGGGGCGCCGUGUAUGCAGCCCCUCAGCCCAGGCCGCUCCAGCCCCAACACAGUCGGGAGGAAGACGGCGACUCCUAUGAGAAUAUGGAGGGUCCCGGAGAACCUGGGUCAGGGUGUGGGGGAGGGGGCCCGGACCCGUCCUGUACCCACCGAUGACCUGCAAUCCACAAACGGCCCCCAGGUGAGCCAGGAAGGAGAGGAGACCUUGGGUCAGGCAGAGCGGACCUGGAUUCUGGGAAAGGAACAGAAGGGGAAGGGAGCGAUGGGCUUGGACGAGUCUGCUGCUGGGAGGAGGGGAGACAGGUCUGAGAAGGAGGGUCAGGGGGUACACGGGUGUGGAACAAAUCCAUUCCCUGUAUCAUCAACUCCUUCCCCUCUGCCCUCCCUUACCAUUUCCCUCCUCCUUCUCUGCUGCCCUCCUCCUCCUCAGGCCUCAGUGGAGCUCUGGACUUUGAAUUCUUCUGACCCUUGAUAACCCUAUCAGGGGUGGGAGAGGCCACAUGCUGCUUGGGAUGCAUGUGAAUUGUGCGUGUGUUUUCAUCCUUUUCAUCACUAUGUCUAAUAAAGUCCUGAUCUCCUCCCCCGA